CAAAAUUCCGAUAUUACUGGCCAACUCAAUUGAUGCCGGAAAUGAAGACUUUUCCAGGAAAAGUUUUUCCCCAGCACGAAUCGCUAUUGACAAAUAUGUACAUAUUUAUAACGUGUAAGCGCCCAAAAACCGAACGCACCUGAUGUGUUGUCGUUACACGUCGCAGAUAAGAAAUAAUCAAGUCGAAUGUGAACCAAGUAUUUGGAUUAAAAACGGUCACACCCAACCAAGGAUAUCUUAAUACUUGAAAAUCAUACAAACCGUUGAUUAAACUUCGAAAGUGUUAUUAAAAUCAGUGUCCAAGCAAGGGAAUUGGGAAUAUUAGUCUAGUCUACAAGCCAAUUGACAAGUGACACAAAGUAACAUGGCAGAAGCCACAGAUUUAAUUACCUUUGAAUCCUAUUUUCAAAGGGGUGAGCACACUUUGAAAGUGCCCAUGUCACUUUUCCAAAAUAAUAGAAAACGUUUGGUGGAUCGUAUAAAAACAAAAACAGAGAUUCCGAUCGAAGGUAGUUUUAUAAUUCUCCAAGGAGGAAUUGAAAUUCCAUUUAAUGACACAGAUAUAAAGUGGCCAUUCAGACAGGAAUCAUUUUUUCAAUGGAGCUUCGGUGUUGAAGAACCAGGAUGUUACGGUGCUAUUGACUUGUCAACAGGAAUUUCCAUUUUGUUUGUACCACGAUUGCCGCAAGAAUAUGCAAUUUGGGAGGGAAAGUUACACACGUUAGAAGAUUUUAAAAAACAGUAUGCAGUGGAGGAGACUUAUUACACAGAUGAGAUAGCAAAAGUAUUAAAAUCAAAGCAAGCCAAUCUUCUACUCACUUUAAGCGGGACAAAUAGCGAUAGUGGUUUGCAAACUCAAGGAGCAGAUUUUGAUGGUAUUAAUCAGUUUAAAGUGGACAAUAAUGUUUUGUAUCCAGAAAUAUGUGAAUGCAGAGUCAUCAAGUCAGCAGAAGAAAUCGAGGUGUUGGAAUAUGUAAUUAAGAUAAGCUCAGACGCUCACAAGUCCAUUAUGCACAUAGUGAGGCCAGAACUUGCAGAGUUCCAAGCAGAGGCAGCUUUCAUGCAUUAUGUGUACUCUAUCGGAGGUUGCAGACACGUAUCUUACACUUGCAUUUGUGGGUCUGGACAUAACGCAUCCAUAUUGCAUUAUGGACACGCUGGUGCUCCCAACAAUAAAGUCAUAAGAGAUGGUGAUAUGUGCCUGUUCGAUAUGGGUGGAAACUACUGUGGAUACGCAGCAGACAUAACGUGCAGCUUUCCAGCUAAUGGAAAGUUCACACCGGAUCAGAAAAUGAUAUAUAACGCGGUGCUAGCUGCUCGUAAUGCAGUAAUGAAGGCUGCAAAGCCUGACGUAGCUUGGACAGACAUGCACAUUCUGGCGAACAGAACCAUGUUGGCUUCGCUCAAGGAAGGUGGUUUAUUAAAAGGUGAUGUCGACGACAUGUUGAAGGCAGGAUUAAACGAAAUCUUCCAACCCCAUGGACUUGGCCAUUUCAUGGGGCUAGAUGUCCACGAUGUCGGUGGAUAUCUUGAUGGGCAUCCUGAACGUUCCGCAGCUCCUGGAUUGAGAAAGUUAAGAACCGGUCGUGUUUUACAGUCCGGCAUGGUCUUAACUAUCGAGCCAGGAUGCUACUUUAUUGAUUGUUUGUUAGAUGCAGCUUUGAACGAUCCGGUUCAAUCGAAAUUCAUCGUUGCUGAAGAACUGGAAAGAUUCCGAGGCACGGGUGGCGUUAGGAUCGAAGAUGAUGUCCUUAUAACGGACACUGGAGUUAGAAAUUUGACCUUCGUGCCCCGCACAAUCGAAGAGAUAGAGAACUGGAUGGCUCCAGAAAAAAUAUAAUUCGAACCGACAGCAGAAAGAGGAAUCCAAUCACCGAGAGGAACGGUACGUCAUAAUAUAUGCGGCUGUUUAACUAAGAACUUCGAGCAAAGACCGUUUGGUUACAUAUUCUGUUUUCGUGAUAUAACAACAGCCGUGGUACGAGAUACAACGUCACAAAAUAUUUUUACAUGCAUUUUUUAUAGCGCAUAGAAUGCAACAUUGAAAUAUAUUUAAUAUUUUAUGUACGAAGAAAAUAUAAAUAAAAAUAAAAAAAAAAAAAAUUUAUUUCU